AGUCUUGAGCGUCACAUGAGAGUUCACACCGGCGAGAAGCCGUUCACAUGUGAUCAGUGCGGAAACCAAUUCAAAGAAAGAGGAAACCUUAACAAGCACAUGAAAAUCCACACUGGGGAAAAGCCAUUUACAUGUGAUCAGUGCGGGAAGAGUUUCUCACAAUCAGCAAAUUUUAAAGUACACAUGAAAAUCCACACUGGAGAAAAGCCACACACAUGUAAACAGUGCGGGAAGAGUUUCACACAAUCAGCACAUCUUAAAGUACACAUGAAAAUCCACACUGGAGAAAAGCCAUUUACAUGUGAUCAGUGUGGGAAGAGUUUCACACACAAACAAAGUCUUGAGCUUCACACGAGAGUUCACACCGGAGAGAAGCCAUUCACAUGUGGCAAAUGUGGAAAGAGCUUCACGCAACCAUCACAUCUUAGACAACACAUGAAAAUCCACACUGGAGAAAAGCCACACACAUGUGAUCAGUGCGGGAAGAGUUUCACACACAAACAAAGUCUUGAGCGUCACACGCAAUCAGCAAACCUUAAACGACACAUGAGAGAUCACACCGGAGAGAAGCCGCACACAUGUGAUCAGUGUGGGAAGAGUUUCACGCAAUCAUCAAACCUUAAACGACACAUGAGAGUUCACACCGGAGAGAAGCCGCACACGUGUGAUCAGUGUGGGAAGAGUUUCACACAACCAGCAAAACUUAAAGAACACAUGAGGAUCCACACUGGAGAGAAGCCGUUCAAGUGUGAUCAGUGCGGCAAAACAUUUCUUCGGUCAUCAGCUUUGAAGACACACCUGACGGUUCAUACGCAGGAGAAGCCACAUUCCUGUUCUGAAUGUGGAAAGUGUUUUUCACUGCUGCGGAGAUUACAUAGACAUGAGAAAAUUCACACUGGUGUGAGAGAGUACAUGUGCUUUCAGUGUGACAAGACUUUUAUUACAGCGGACUGUUUAACACGGCAUCAGAAGAUUCACACUGGUGUGAGAGAGUACAUGUGCUUUGAGUGUGACAAGACUUUUAUUACAGCGAGCUGUUUAAAACUGCAUCAGAAAAUUCACACUGGUGUGAGAGAGUACAUGUGCUUUGAGUGUGACAGGACUUUUACUUCAGCAAACCGUUUAAAACAGCACCAGAGGAGCCACACUGGAGAGAAACUUCACAAGUGUUCACACUGUGACAAGAGUUUCAGUCAGUCAUCAAAUCUGAAUGCACAUGAGAAGAUCCACAGCAGAGAGAAGCCACACACGUGUGAUCAGUGUGGGAAGAGUUUCACGCAAUCAUCAAACCUUAAACGACACAUGAGAGUUCACACCGGAGAGAAGCCGCACACGUGUGAUCAGUGUGGGAAGAGUUUCACGCAAUCAUCAAACCUUAAACGACACAUGAGAGUUCACACCGGAGAGAAGCCGCACACGUGUGAUCAGUGUGGGAAGAGUUUCACACAACCAGCAAAACUUAAAGAACACAUGAGGAUCCACACUGGAGAGAAGCCGUUCAAGUGUGAUCAGUGCGGCAAAACAUUUCUUCGGUCAUCAGCUUUGAAGACACACCUGACGGUUCAUACGCAGGAGAAGCCACAUUCCUGUUCUGAAUGUGGAAAGUGUUUUUCACUGCUGCGGAGAUUACAUAGACAUGAGAAAAUUCACACUGGUGUGAGAGAGUACAUGUGCUUUCAGUGUGACAAGACUUUUAUUACAGCGGACUGUUUAACACGGCAUCAGAAGAUUCACACUGGUGUGAGAGAGUACAUGUGCUUUGAGUGUGACAAGACUUUUAUUACAGCGAGCUGUUUAAAACUGCAUCAGAAAAUUCACACUGGUGUGAGAGAGUACAUGUGCUUUGAGUGUGACAGGACUUUUACUUCAGCAAACCGUUUAAAACAGCACCAGAGGAGCCACACUGGAGAGAAACUUCACAAGUGUUCACACUGUGACAAGAGAUUCAGUCGGUCAGGAGAUCUGAAAACACAUGAGAGGAUCCACAGCAGAGAGAAGCCACACACGUGUGAUCAGUGCGGGAAGAGUUUCACUUUUAAAAGUCACCUGAAGCUACACAUGAAGAUCCAUGCAGUGGAGGAACCACACAGCGAUGUUCACAAGUCUUUAUCGCUGGAGUCCGAGUCAAGUCUCGAGUGA